UUCCAAGAAAAACGCUCCUAUUGAUAUUGAACAGUUGAACUAUAGUGAUAUAAAAUAAAAGUUUUGUUUUGCUUUCUCAGAAUUGUUAUAAUAAUGAUUUAAAAAGGUGUUUCUGACAGCUACACCAAAAGUAAUUUGUUAACAAAAAAACAUGACAUAAUAAUUUAUUAUUAAUAAAAUAUAUCUCUUCUUAAUAAUAAUUAUAAAAUAAUUAAUUAUAAAAAUUAUAUUUUGAGAACUUUUUAAAUUGAUAUUAAUAAUCAAGAUGGUCAUAUAUGGUGUUUAUAUUGUUUCAAAAUCGGGAGGUUUAAUUUUUAAUCAUGACCAUAAUGUACCAAAAGUUGAAAAUGAAAAAGUAUUUAAUUAUCCACUUGAUAUAAAAUUAUCAUAUGAGAAUAAAAAAACUGUUGUUGUUUUUGGUCAAAGGGGUGGAAUUAAUGUGGGACAUGUAUUGACAGCUGCAAAUGGUGAACCAGUGACAGGAUGUGAACUUCCAGAUGGAAGAAAUAUAAUGGAGCUACUGGAUAAACAGGAAAACUUUCCAAUAACAUUAAAGUUUAGUCGAGCUAAAAUGACAACAAAUGAAAAGAUUUUUCUUGCAUCAAUGUUCUAUCCACUGUUUGCAAUUGCCAGUCAAUUGAGUCCAGAGCCACGUUGUUCUGGAAUUGAAGUUCUAGAGGCAGAUACGUUUCGAUUAUAUUGUUAUCAAACUUUGACUGGUGUUAAGUUUAUAAUUAUAGCUGAACCCUUACAAACUGGAGUUGAAGUACUAACAAAGAGAGUAUACGAAUUGUAUGCGGAUUAUGCAUUAAAAAAUCCUUUCUAUUCCUUAGAAAUGCCAAUUAGAUGCGAACUUUUCGAUACAAGUCUACAGUUACUAUUGGAAUUAGUUGAGAAAUCAGGUGCAAACAGUGCUUGAAUGCUUGAAAAUAACUACUUCAUAUUUUGUAAAUAUUUAUGUGUUGAAAAUAAAAUUUUUAUAAUUUAAAA